GUUAAUGUCAAAAACAUAUGUUAGAAUUUUGGAAGUUUUACUGCAUUUAAUUAAUUAAUUUUGUGGAAUAAUCUUAUUAAAAAUAAUGAAGGCUUUAAUACAACGCGUUAUGAAAGCAAAUGUGGCGGUAAACGGUGAAGUCAUCAGCAGCAUAGAGCAAGGACUGUGUGUCCUCAUCGGUAUAUCCACCAGUGACACCAUCAAAGAUAUGGAGUACAUAGUGAAAAAGUUGCUCAGUGUAAAACUUUUUGACGAUGAAACCAACACUAAGUGGAAGAAGACUGUAGUAGACAAAGAUUAUGAAUUGCUGUGUGUUAGUCAAUUCACCUUAUACAACACAUGGAAGGGCAAUCGACCCGACUUCCACAAUGCAAUGUCUGCAGAGAAAUCCAAAGAAUUUUAUGAAAAAUUUCUUCAAAUGCUAAAAGAUGCAUAUCAACCUGAAAAAAUUAAAGAUGGCCAAUUCGGUGCAUACAUGCAAGUAUCAAUCCAGAACGACGGACCAGUCACGUUUGAGAUCGAAUCUCCCGUCAAUGUAAAGAAGGAAAAGUCGAGGAGCAGAGCGGAGCAAGAAGUACCUCAAGUCAAUUUAAAUGAAUUAGAAGAAGAACUGAAAGGUUAACCUUUCAGUUAUCAUUAUAGAAUCAAAACGCUUAAGCGUUUUGAUUCUAUUUUAUAUAUUUAAUAGAAUCAAAACGCUUAAGCGUUUUGAUUCUAUUUUAAAGCAAUUAUUAUAGGUCUUUUGUAAAUAUUUAAGUCAUAGGGACUCUUUGUUAUUUAUUCUUAGGUAGUAAUUUUUUCCUCGUGUAAGGGGCAUAGCAGACGGCGAUCGGCGAUUUUGCGACUGUAUCGAUACAGCAUCGCCAUUUCGUGACUUCAUGAAUUCGGACCACUGACCUUUAUGAUACUGGACUGGCAGCUGUCAUAAUAUUUUUGUACCUAUGUGAUUUUCGCCAUUUUGGCGCUGUAGGCCAUACUGUAGGAACUAAAAUUAAUGAUUUUCUUUCUUCUCGCAUCUAUUGUACACCAAUUAGUUCUCGGAACACUCGUAGUGGCGCUUCAAAUUGGCACACAAAAUUAGCUGUCAUUUGUAUGAGACAGCCUGUGUCCAGUGUGUAAAAGGUCAGAGGUUCGGACGCGGUAUGAGAACCCGCGUUUUAGCAGCUGCUGUCGUUGUGUCGAGCUUCCGAAAAGCUACUCAAUGGCCGCGUCUAGCGUGGAAUUUACGGUCGCUGCAUUCAGCUUCUCAAAAGCGGCUAAAUGGCCGAUCGACAAUGCUAAAAGUCGCAUGUGAGCUGUUGUGGCUCAAAGUAACGAUACUUGUUAUAAUUAUCCAUUUUCAAUGUCUUACUAGCAAUCAGGGAUUAGGGUCCGUAUUAUAAUGGGAAACUCAAGUAUGAAUUUUCUAGAACAGAUUCCCGCCUGAGAUUCGUCUAACUUGAUAAAGAGACGUUGAAACGCUAAGUCAACUAUUAUAAUAAUAAUUCGUUAUUUAGUAAGUUAUUACUUUAUGCAUUUACAAUUUUCUCAAUAAAUUUUCAAUUGACAUUUUAUUAAAUACUCGUUAAUUUAUUUAUAAAUGUUAGUGAUUUACGAUAUCUAUCUUUCUAUUUUGCGAGUAUGGCUGUCUGACAUGUCUCGCGACUGCUUGGUUGUUUUUUUUUAAAUCCAAUAACAUCUAACAUUGAACAUUUCUUAGAUCAAACUGACUUUAGAGAAACGUUAGGAUAAAAAAAUAAUAUAGGAUAAAUUGAAUUAUUUAGAAUAGUUUAAGAGCUAAACAAACAAGAGCCUCUAACUACUUUUCACUAUAUCUUCAUAACUUUGACUAUUGGAUUCGAUUAAUUAAAUUAAUUGUAUGUUGUGUGUGCAAUGGGAUUCUAUAGAGUCUGCUAUCAAUAUUUAUCAAUUUUCGUAUUUCAAUCUGAUUUCAAAUAAGAAUUAAGACUGAUUUUAUCAUAUUUCAUGUCACUGUGUGGUCAAACUUAAAAUUAAGGGGAUUGCGUGAAUAAAAACAUCAAUUUAAUAAAAAAAAAACUUUAUUUUGAAAUAAUGGAUUAUUAUCUAUUAACAGUUUUGUUACAUUUAGGCCAGUGAUUAUGCGAUUCCAUGUUAGGAAGUAUUAAAACGUUUUUACAAAGAUGAUAUGGUAAUUCUAACGAUUGUUACAUUCUACACAUAGAAACGUCACCACUUAUACAUAAUAAUCUAACACGCUAUGGUCCAUUACAAUCACCCAAUAUGUUAACAGAUAAUCUACCAAGAUUCAAAUCCAUUUUUACACCAUUAUCCUAAACGAGUAGAAAAUAAACUAAAAAAGAAAUAAAAACUUGUAUAAAAGACAAAA